GUUUCCGUGCUUGUGUUUCCGUGCGUGUGUGUACAUAUGUGUACUGGAGAAGUGAAGUAUUCUUUUCACUAGUCUUCAGUAUUACUUAGUCCUUUGGGGGAAAUAGCAGGGAAAUAGCUUAUGCAAGAGGCAGCACUUUAUUUGCAACUCCGUUUGCCCAUAGUUCCAUGUGUGGGCUGUACCCUGCAACUGUCAUAUCUUGAGAAUGUAGCCCUGCGGCACACAGUGUUACUCUGACUCGGGUGACUCAGUUAUUCGCUCAUGACUACCUAAACCACCUACUUAUUGCUGUGAACAUGGAUCACUUGCAGCCACUCAGAGAGAAUGAUAGCGGAGGGUCGUUCUCCGCAGACAUGAGCCCGCGGAGCCGCAAGCAAGGCACGAGUACCAUUCAUGGCUCACCAUCACCUGCAGCAGCGAGAAAGAGCACGCUGGCAGGCUCGCUGGAUCUGUCUCAGCUGACGCCCACGGAGCAACAAUGCAUCCUUGCUGUGAUCCAGCGUUCUGAGGAAGCCGAAAAGAAGGUGUCGAACCAUUGCCGGAAACUGCAGGACCAGCAGAGUGCCCUACUGCGUCGAUCCAAGGCCACGUAUCAUGGUGCAUGCUUGCUGUGUUGCAAAGAGCUGGAUCGCAAGCAGUGCCAUGUAUGCAUUGUAUGUGAUGGUAUGGCAUGUCAGCACUGCACCAUCAGGAGAAAGCAGCACGCCGGAACUAAGACGGCACAAGCGGAGGUAUUCUGCAAGGCGUGUGCUCUGAAGCAGCAGAUAUUCCUGACGUCAAGUGCCUGGCGGAAGUAUGGCGACCGAGAUGCUGAUGAAGACAUAGCGACUAUGCCUGGCUAUGGCAUGUUACUGGUGUGCGGUCUGAAGUGCGAUGGAGGAGUCUUGAGAACGUUUGUGGUUGAAGCACCCGUUGGUGGCACGGCCUUUCAGAGUGGCAUAAUGGAAAAUGAUGAAGUGCUAGAGUGGUGUGAUGAGCUCCUGAUUGGCAGCAUACACAGGAGUGUGUUGGAGAAGGUGCAGCAAUCUUGCCGUGGGCGCAUUUCAGUCACUGUGCGUAGAUAUGUACGUGGGCAUGAAGAAGAAAGGACGGUAUGGGUGGAUUGCCAAUCUGCUAGCUCGGUGAGCGCCGAUGCACUUGCCCAGCGCAUGCUUAUUGAUCCCAGGGCGGUGGGGUUUCCAGAUGGACUUUUUCAGGCCACAAGUGGUGGAGACACGUUGCCGUACCCAAAUGGCAGGAUCAAGCUCAAGCUGAAGCUGGUUAGCAGUGACUUGACCGUGAUGGUGGUUGAAGCUGAGCGACUUCCCGUGCUAAAGCCCGGUGUUGGCACUUCACCUUCCGUCUCGGUUAACUUGAAUGGGCAGAAUUCAUCCUCCACAAAGCAAUGUUUGCGUGCAGGCAAGACAGCCUGGCACGAGGAGCUGUUCUUCAGAAUCAACUGUGAGCUAUCCAACUGCAUUUUGAAGGUGUCAGUGAAAACACCCAAGCAAUUCUUUGGCAAGGCCACGCUUGGUGAGUGUGUCAUCAAACUGGAGGAAGCUCUGCUCAAUGACUCCGCUCAAUGGUACGCAAUGCAGCCGUCGUUGAGCUCAUCAUCUCUGCACCGGCGCAUGGCAUUACCGACGGAGUGGAUGCGCAAGGAGAUGGCCAGUGCGCACAGGAAGCAACGGCGGCCAAAUCACCUCACGGGACUGGCAAGUUCCCAGCCUGAUUUGUCGUUUUGCGAUACUGACCAAGACAGCUUUGACCUAACACGCUACCCAGCAAGAGGUGGAAGACGUCCUUCCAACCCAACCACAACCAGCCCAGUACUGUCCAGGCCAACUUUCAGCCUGGAAGCUGUCAGCGAUAGUGAGGUGUCCAAGCCGAAGAAGAAGAAAUCAUCGACUUUGCCACGAGGGCCAAAAACAGUUAGUCCAUUGGUAGGAGAAUCAGUCAAAAUGUUGGCUGGUAUAUCACUAGGUCAUGAUGCGCCCAGAUCUGUCAGCCCUGGACGCGAUGGCAAUAAUCACCGCAUCUCGUCACUGCCGUGUCCCAUCUACCGUCGACCCUUCUCUCACCAGGAUGGAUUAGACAGCGAGUCGGAACUUUCCUCCACUUGUCCGUCGCCACAACCGCAGCAUCGCAGACAACAGCGCGGAUCAUUCGAUGGCUUGCCAAUACCAGGCAGUCGUUCACCGAGGGGCUCCCAUUCGCCUUUCCACUAUGACAGCGGUGGCGAAUAUUCAUCCUCAAUUGAUGAGCCCACUCCGCAACCUCUACGUCAAUCUCGUAGCAAAUCACCCCAGCAGCGUCAGCCUGGGCAAAGAUCCAGGUCCGGAACAUACAGCACUGGUUGUGUGCCAGGAGGAUCUACUAGUAUGUCCGGAGCAAUGCUGUCUGGCAAACACCGCCAGUUGUCUCUUGACCACAGCCAUACAGAUUCACCCCAUGCAGUUCACCCGCGGCGUUCUGUUCUCUCCGUGGAUGGAGGCUCAGUUCCGGGCAGUCCCACGUUGCCACUGUCACCUGGACGCGUGUCUCCAUCACUGGGUAGACGGCGCGGACGAUGGAGUGAUGCCUUCGGCUCAAACGCCCUGCUGGGCAGCGAUGUUGACUCCUUAGUGUCCAGCUUUUCUGAGAUGUCUGGCUGUGAACACCUGUCAGCAGGUGGAUUGUCUAUUCUGACCGCCACUGAUGGUGCUGUGAAGAAUACCUCAAUCAGUUUGACGUUCACCUGUACAAAUAGCCGGAAGCUUCUCGUGACCGUGAACAAGGUCACUAACUUUGUUGGCGUGACGGAGCACGAGAAUGUCAAGCUGGCCAACUUAUCUGGUGUUGGAGUGAAGAUAACCAUGCUAUGUGUGAGCGGCGGGCGGCAGAAGCACAAGACACGCCUGCAGCAACUGGGCAACUGCAUUGAGUUCGAUCAGCAAUUCCCAUUCGACGUCCAUCAAUCCAUGAACCACUACACUAUCAAGCUGUAUCUGAUCGCCAAGAAGAAGCGUCGCACACAUCUCUCGCGGGCCAAAUCCAUCGCAGUGGCAUACCGCCUCAUUGCACUUCAGGAUGUGGCAGUUCAGCAGGACUCACCUCACACGGAAACGUUCCAAGUGUUUGCCAAGUCCAACAAAGCUAGCAGUGAAAUCAGCAGCUAACUGCUCAGUGUUCAUUUUUGAGACCACUGGAUUUUGGAACCGGCAAGUUGGCAGGCAGUUUGUGCCCUUCCUUGAUUUUUGAAGCAAUGCUCACCGUGGACACGAUUGCACUGUAGUUACAAUCCCUAUUUUAUACCUGGAGGUUUGUAGCAGCAAGUCCUACUUCUACUUUAUGCUUUUGCUUGACUUCCCAUGCUUCAACGCUGACACCAUAACAUUUUAGCGUAAUGAAAGUUCUGGCAGUAAUUGAAACUUCUACAAUAAUUGUACAUGUUAGUGCAACUCACUUGUACAGGUACAAAUCAUACUGGCAAUUACGUGAUCAAGAACAAUGUAGAUGUAGA